GCGGUAAUGCACCUUAAACGCUAGUCGCCACCCGCCAUUAAACAGAAAGAAGAAGGAGCAGGAGGCAACAUCGUGGAUUCCAACAUAAAACCCUCAUUGAAGAAGACACAGCAGCAGUCGCAGAAAACAGAAGAUCGAAAUGGCGGCGCCAGCAGAGAGGAUGGAGGUUUCUCAGGGGGAGAGCUCAGCCAAGCCUGCAGCCGAGGACAUGACGUCAAAGGACUACUACUUCGACUCUUAUGCCCACUUUGGCAUCCAUGAGGAGAUGCUGAAAGAUGAGGUUCGCACUCUGACCUAUCGCAAUUCCAUGUUCCACAACAAGCAUCUGUUUAAGGACAAGGUGGUGCUGGAUGUGGGCAGCGGGACGGGCAUCCUGUGCAUGUUUGCUGCCAAAGCCGGAGCCAAGAAGGUUAUAGGGAUAGAGUGCAGCAGCAUCUCAGACUACGCUGUGAAAAUUGUCAAGGCCAACAAGAUGGACGAUGUUGUGACCAUCAUCAAGGGGAAGGUGGAGGAGGUGGACCUGCCCGUGGAUGGAGUAGACAUCAUCAUUUCGGAGUGGAUGGGCUACUGCCUCUUCUAUGAAUCCAUGCUCAAUACAGUCAUUUAUGCCAGGGACAAGUGGCUGAAGCCAGAUGGACUCAUUUUCCCAGACAGGGCAACCCUUUAUGUCACUGCCAUUGAAGACAGGCAGUACAAGGACUACAAAAUCCACUGGUGGGAGAACGUGUAUGGGUUUGAUAUGUCGUGCAUCAAGGAGGUGGCGAUCAAGGAGCCCCUGGUUGACGUGGUGGACCCAAAGCAGCUGGUCAGUAGCGCCUGUCUCAUCAAGGAGGUGGACAUCUACACGGUGAAGUUGGAGGACCUGUCCUUCACCUCUCCGUUCUGCCUGCAGGUGAAGAGGAACGACUACAUCCACGCUUUGGUCACCUACUUCAACAUAGAGUUCACCCGCUGUCACAAGAGGACCGGCUUCUCCACCAGCCCAGAGUCCCCCUACACCCACUGGAAGCAGACUGUCUUCUACCUGGAUGAUUACCUGACGGUGAAGACUGGCGAGGAGAUCUUUGGCACAAUCAACAUGAAGCCAAACGUCAAGAACAAUAGGGACCUGGACUUCACCGUAGACAUCGACUUCAAGGGUCAGCUGUGUGAGGUGUCGAAGACGUCAGAGUACAGGAUGCGUUAGAAGCGUCACUCCCUCCCUGUGUUUAGUUUUGUCUUUAUAAGAGGACAUAUUUUGCUGUUUGACUCGGAGUCUGUACAAUAGUUUGAUGCUU